AUGACGCUCCACAGCAGAAUGGGAAUAGAGUUAGAAGAAAGAGUUAGGGAAAGAGAUCAGAAACUGGCUCAGAUGCUACGUGAGCAAGAGCAGCGCAAUGAAGCAAAACUAGAUAGGAUCCAAAGCGAACUUGCCGAGAUGCGGGACGCGUGCAAAGAAAUACCCGAUCUUGUGCAAAGCUUAGCCGGCGAAAUGCAAAAAUUACAGAUAUCGCAGGCUAGGCUUGAAGAUAAUGUCCAGACUUUAACCAACCGCGUAGAUAAUGUGGAGAUAGAUGCACGGAAAAGUAUUGACGCAUAUUUGGAAGUGCAAGCUCAAAAAGUAGAAAAAGAAUUAAAGGAAUGGCUAGAAGUAAAGGAUCGCGAGAUAUCUGCAAAGAUUGAAAGCGACGUAAAAACAGCUGUAGAACAAGCGACUGCGGCCGCGAGUGUAAAUAUUGACGCUAGUGCUGUCGCACUACAUGCCGAAUUAGCACAGGUCAAGUCCCGUGUGACAGCGGAGUUGCCAAAUUGGCAACAGGAGGUCGCGCGAAGACUGUCUGCGUUGGAAAGCAAUGUAAACAGUGGCGGACAGAUCAUGAAUCCGACUCCGCGCACUGAUUACUGUAAUAACGCUGACGAUAUGAAAACCGAAAACAAUUGGAACCAUGCAGGCUGUAAUCAACAAAAAGCCGAUUACAAUAGCAGCCACAGUAACGGUAGUAACUUAGUACCAAAUGGUAACGGGAAUAGGCAAGAGCACCGGCAACAGAAUCGAGGCACAAACAAUGGCAAUGGUUAUAACGGCAACGGUUAUAAUCGUCAAAAUGGAAAGAGACAUCAUGAUGGACGCAUGAGUAAUGGAUAUAAUGGUAACGGCAAUCCGCAAUGGCGCAACAACCGAAACCAGUGGCGUGGUCGUAACGAACCGGCACCACAGUGGCAACAAAACACAGCGCCACAAUGGAACGCCAACCCAGGUCCGUCACAGAACAUGUCAGGGAGUUACAACCGACCACCACAAAACCAGAGCCAUACACAAUAUCAAAAUACACCAUCGGGGAGGCAGGGCGGCCAACCCAACAGACACGGGAAGUGCACGGUAAAUAUUGCCGGAGCUUUCAAACGAGAUUCGAAGGAAUACAGGUAA